AUGACUCGAAAUCCCUUCCAUUUAGUUGAAUUUAGACCCUGACCAUUAACAGGAUCUAUAAGAGCUUUAUUUUUAACAACAGGACUCUCUUCAUGAUUUCACAACUACGAAAAUUCUCUUAUCUUUUUUGGAUUAUUACUUAUAAUUUUAACAAUAAUUCAAUGAUGACGAGAUAUUAUUCGAGAAAGAACAUUUCAAGGUUUUCAUACAUCUAAAGUAUAUAAUGGAUUACGAUGAGGUAUAAUACUUUUCAUUAUUUCAGAAGUAUGUUUUUUCUUUGCUUUUUUUUGAGCAUAUUUUCAUAGAAGUUUAGCUCCAAAUAUAGAUAUUGGAUCUUGUUGACCACCUAUUUAUAUUUUCCCAUUAAAUCCAUUCCAAAUCCCUCUACUCAAUACAGCAAUUCUAUUAGCUUCAGGUGUAUCCGUUACCUGAGCUCAUCAUUCACUAAUAAAUAAUAAUCUAAAAUCCGCAACUCACUCCAUAAUCAUUACCAUCUCCUUAGGAUUUUACUUUACAAUUCUACAAAUAUUAGAAUAUAUAGAAGCAUCAUUUUCUAUUUCAGAUAGAAUUUAUGGUUCAACCUUUUUUGUAGCAACUGGGUUUCAUGGACUUCAUGUAAUUAUUGGAUCAACUUUCCUUUUCAUAUGUUUAUUACGAAUUUUAAUAAAUCAUUUUUCCUCUUCACAUCAUUUUGGAUUUGAAGCUGCAGCCUGAUAUUGACAUUUUGUAGAUGUUGUAUGAUUAUUUCUAUAUACUUUUGUAUACUGAUGAGGAUCAUAA